AUGGAUCGUUUUGUGAUGAGGAGGAAGGAGUCUGUGGCCGGCAGCAGUGAUCCUGCCUCUGCCGACCAGGACAUGGACACAGAAGUUGAAGUGACUGAGACUGUUGACAGCCAGUCCACUGUGACUGAGAGGAAAAAUUCUGGUGCAAUUAAUCCGGGUGACCUUGCUGGCCAGUUGAUGUCAUCACGACGUGAGAUGAUUCGGGUUCCAAAAGUUUCUCCUAACAUAUCCAUGUCCAUGGCUUGUCUAGUAUGGUGUUCCUAUAGGGCAGGCAACGGGCCCUCACCCCACGCCAGCAACAGCAGCAGUGUUGAAGAAAGUGGCUCAGCACACAGGUGUCAGGGAGCACGGAAGAAAAAGGAAAGCAAUUGGAAAUUUCUCUGUUAUUAUUGUGUCCAAGGGACGCAGGUUGUGAGGUACAGUAUGUCUGGUCAAGGAGGCGCGGUGUGGAUGGCGUUGUGGUGCAUGAGCAGUGUGGCGUUCCUGGGGGAUGCCGUGUCUGAGCCGCAACCGCAGCAACACCACCAUGGCAAGCUCCUCUACAUCCUCAUGGACGGGUUCAGGUGGGACUAUGUGGAUCAGCAGGACCCCAAAGACCUUCCUGGCUUCACUAAGUUCCUACGAGAGGGAGGCAGGUCUCGGUGGACCAACCCACUCGUUCCAUCGCUCUCCUACCCAACAUGGACUACUCUUGCCACAGGCCAGUACGCCGAGACCCACGGGCUUGUUGGCAACUAUUUUUAUGAUGCUGAAACAAAGGAGAUGUUCUCACUUUUUGAUGCCAAGAGCACAGGGAAACAGAAGUGGUGGACAUCAGAGCCUAUCUGGACGACGGCAGAGAAGGCAGGUCUUCGCACGGCCCAGUAUCUAUGGGCCCGCUGUGACGUACCGAUUGAUGGCGUAACCACUGCCUAUUGCGAACCUUUCGUGAAGAUCCCAGGCAAGGCAAUCUUUUUGAAGAAUAUUAAAAAUGCACUGGGUAAAUUUGAUGAAGGCUUCGACUUUGUGCAGGUGUACACAGAGCACACAGACAAUACUGGACACAACACAGGCCCCGACUCACCUGAGAUAAUGCAGGCGGUAAGGGACCUCGAUGAUGUGUUGAUGAUGCUGAUGGACGAGCUGGAGAAGAGAGACCUUACCGAUGAAGUGAACAUUGUGAUAGUGAGUGACCACGGGAUGACUUCCACCGCUACUGGGGCAAUUCAGCGCCAUGAGAUUGAUGAUUACCUGAACAGCAGCCUGGUUGAGAACAUCGCUGAUUUGGGCGCCUUCAUGAACAUCAAAGUUUAUCCUGAAUACAUUGAAAAUGUGUUUGAACACGUUUCAAAGAUACCUGGAGUGAAUGCCUACAAGCAUGACGAUAUCCCAGACCGUUACCACUUCAGAGACAACAAAUACAUCCAUGAUAUCAUCCUCAUGGCUCAACAAGGAUACUUCAUAAUGGCCUCCAAGUAUGAAAAACAACUUCCACCACGCAGUUCCUUUGCGUACGUCGGUGCCCAUGGUUAUAACCCGGACAUUAAAGACAUGAAGGGCAUAUUUUUUGCUAGAGGUCCAGCCUUCAAGUGUGGAUGGACAAUUGAACCCAUCCACGUUGUGGACAUUUAUCAAGUGCUCACCCACGUUUUGCAGUUGACACCACAGCCUCACAAUGGCACUUGGGACCGGGUGAAUGAAAUAUUUGCCGACGACACUGAUGUAUGCACAAGAGCUAACACAAAUACUAUUCCGGCUCCGGUUAUGUGUGUUCUGUUUGUUGCCACUCUAUUUACCGCAAUUAUGAACUAAAUAGAUUGUUUAUGGUAAGAUACAACAUAAUUAUUGCUAAAGAAUUAUUUAUGGUAAUAUAACAUACUUAACAUCCAUUGUUUUACUCAAAACUAGAAUAUGGUCAUACAGUAUUUUUAUUACUGUAGGGUGUUUUUUAACGGAGGUUUGAGUUUAAAUAUUACCGUACUUUGUUUACAUUGUCAUUAUUGGUCAAAACUCAAACUGAUGCUGACAGUUUUUAUAACUAUAUCUAUUUAUAUUAAUAAUACCUCUACAUCAUUUUGUUGAAAUUACUUUGUAUUUUUUUGAUAAAUUUAGAAAUACCUGCACUGUACAAUAGUGAAAUCCAUGUUAAGGUAUCUUUAAGUGUAUCUUUGAAAGACUACAAUACAGUACUGCACUGUACUGUACUGUAUUUGUUUAGUGUGUGUAAACGCCUUAGUUAAGGACGUUCAGGUUACGGGUAAGUCGAAGGGAAUGAUUGAAACCCGUCUUUUGACGCAU